UAGCGUGCUUAGGUACGGCUGUCCGUCAAUCCAAGCCGCGCUAAGGCACCGCCCCAAGCCGUGUUAUCCCGCCCCCUCUUUCGUCACUUCCUCUCUGGCCCCUGUGCAGUCGAUAAGGAAACCCGGACGACACUGCGCCUUUCCUUUUUUCUAGCGGCCGGGAAGAUGGCGGAUAUUCAGACCGAGCGUGCCUACCAAAAGCAGCCGACCAUCUUUCAAAAUAAGAAGAGGGUCCUGCUUGGCGAAACUGGCAAGGAGAAGCUCCCGCGAUACUACAAGAACAUCGGCCUGGGCUUCAAGACACCGAAGGAGGCCAUCGAGGGCACCUACAUUGACAAGAAAUGCCCUUUUACUGGUAACGUCUCCAUCCGAGGGCGGAUCCUGUCUGGCGUGGUGACCAAGAUGAAGAUGCAGCGGACCAUCGUCAUCCGCCGAGACUACCUCCACUACAUCCGAAAGUACAACCGCUUUGAGAAGCGCCACAAGAACAUGUCCGUGCACCUCUCCCCCUGCUUCAGGGAGGUGAUAGAUGGAGGGCCUCCAUUCCUGGAGCCGUUGGAGCGCUGUUUGCGUGGCCUCGAGUUUUCAGUUCCUUGCACGUGAUUUGCCCUCUGGAGAUGAUGACGGGGACAGAUGGGACUGGAGAGAGGAGUUUGGUGGCCUUGGAGGAGCCAAAGCCUGAGAGGCCUCUGCUCGGGGCAGGUUCCUGCCCCGUCCUCCUGGUCCAUCUCCCCCACUCCCCCCACCCCGUGACACGGCCCCGCUCACCUCCUCAGGGACGUCCAGAUCGGCGACAUUGUCACAGUGGGCGAGUGUCGGCCCCUGAGCAAGACGGUGCGCUUCAAUGUGCUCAAGGUCACCAAGGCUGCUGGCACCAAGAAGCAGUUCCAGAAGUUCUGAGACUGCACCCCAUCCACUGCCCUGAACAAAAUAAAGCUAUUUUCCCAGCUG